AUGUCGCGUGGGCUUGCAAACGACAACUCGCUGCGUUCCCCUUCUCGGACGAUCACCGGCAUGAAACGCUGGUCGAUUAUCAACAAGGAUUUGCCUCCCGUGUCGCAGAUCAAAGCCGUCCACGUUUACGACUUUGACAACACCUUGUUUCUCAGUCCCCUCCCAAACCCCCAGUUAUGGAACGGUCCGACGAUCGGGUUCCUGCAGUCCUAUGAGGGAUUUGCCAACGGCGGAUGGUGGCAUGAUCCUCGUCUGUUGGAGGCCACCGGAGAAGGCAUUCAGAAGGAAGAAGCGCGUGCGUGGAAAGGCUGGUGGAACGAACAUAUUGUGCAACUCGUCGAACUGAGCAUGAAGCAGAAAGACGCCUUGACGGUGCUUCUGACCGGCCGGAGUGAAAGUGGCUUCUCGGAGCUUGUCAGACGCAUUGUGGACAGCAGGAAACUCGACUUUGACCUGAUAUGUCUCAAGCCGGAAGUCGGUCCCAACAGUGAACGCUUUGCCUCGACCAUGGAAUUCAAGCAAGCUUUCCUGGAAGAUUUAAUAUUCACGUAUGAGCAGGCUGAUGAGGUUCGGAUUUACGAGGACCGCCCGAAGCAUGUGAAGCAUUUCCGGGAUUUCUUCGACCAGCUGAACCGCCGGAUCCAGACGACACACAAUCCUGUUUCCCGGAAACCGCUCAACUCCGACGUGGUUCAAGUAGUCGAAGGGUCUAUGUACCUUUCUCCCGUAAUCGAGGCCGCUGAAGUGCAGCGGAUGAUCAACUCUCAUAACAUUGCCAUCCGCACUCCCGCCUUGAACACAACAAAGUCGCCGUACGGUCGACUGCGGAUCAAGCGCACGAUCUUCUACACUGGCUAUCUCAUCUCCAGCGCGGACUCCAACCGCUUGAUCAGUCAAUUGCUGAACCCCAUGCUGCCCGCGGGGCUUGCUGAAUCUAAUGAGCUGAAGUACAUGGCUAACAAUAUACUAAUCACUCCUCGACCAGCCCCGCGAUCGAUCCUCCACAAGGUCGGCGGGAUCGGGAAAAAGCUAAACUGGCAGGUGACGGGACUUGGAGUGUAUGAGAACAAGAUCUGGGCGGCGCGGAUGGCCCCCGUUCCCGCGACAGAGAAGUAUUUCACGGAGAAUCCAGAGCCGGUGGUAGUCCUAGCGGUCCGGCGAGGCGCGCGUCCCAUUGACGUCGGCAAGAUCCAGAGCUGGCAUCCGGUCUCUGCCGACCAGGCACUGACGCUGGAGACGGUCGUCGGCGAGAAGGUGGUCUUGCGCGUGGAAGAAGAGAACCCCAACGAGGGCGAAUGGGAGAGUCAGUUUUUGAACAAGAACAACAAGCGACGUCACCAGCAGGAGCGGGACGAAGAUAUCCUGUACCCGCAAUCGGGCUACGGAGGCUAUGAGGCGCCCAACUCGGGAAGACCUCAUUAUAACUCGCGUCACGGAGGCAACCGCCACAACUACGCCGACGACAGCCCCCGACGCGGCGGAUCGUACCGUGGUCGUGGUCGUGGAUUUGGACCCCGAGGACGAGGACACGCGAACCGCGGAGGGCGUGGUCGAGGCCGAGGGCGUGAUGCUGGACCUCCGCCUGGGUAUAAAUCGCUAGACGAUUACGGUGGAUAUGACGGCAGUCAGGAUGAGAAGCCUGGGGGAGAUGAAGUCAACAGUAACACCACUCUGCCCGGCUAA